AUGGCGCCGCUCUUCCCACGAGUGACGGGUGAUCAUCAUCCAGAUGCUGAGUUGUAUCAGAUGAGGUACGCUCUCAACCAAGCCGCCAGUAUCUGCGACGAGUUCUUCGCAAACGAACCCGUCCGCACAAAGGAUGACCCCAGACUCCCCAGAGCGCAGCGCAGCGAUGCUCUCCCUGACAUCCCGCCGCGUCCGACUUCACUCACUGAUCAUCCUGCGAAUGCACAACACCAGAAGAUGAGGCAAGAUCUGUACCGCGAAGAAGCCAGAAUCGCCACCGCGAUCCGCAAUCACUUCAGCGAGAGGAUCAACAAUCCGAACACUCCAGAACCCACCGAAGGCCUCCUCGGCAAUGAUAUGCAGAAGUCUAUGCAGCAAGGACCAGAGUUGACAACGGAAGACUACGCGGUGAUCAGUAAGGGUUUUCAAGACAGGCUGAAGCGCGACGUUGAUCGCUUCGCGACUUCCAACGGACUCCUGGGCGCCGACUGGCGAGCCCACACUGGCGGCUUACACGAGGAGUGCGUCGAGAUCAUGGUGGAUUUCUACUUGGAGUACGGUCCUCCCAACGUCGCCGAGACGCUCAUGCUGGCGGAGCUUCUGCGCUACCCGACGAACGCGGUGACCUGGUUCUUCGCCCGCAUUGUACAAAAUGCCGCCGACGCCCGCCGAGGCGAGAAGCUCGUCGCGAACAAGGUGUUCCAACUGAGACUGAAGGAGUACGGAAUGCUCGAGGCAAUGCAGACGUACACGCGCAAUCAAGCUGCAGCACAGCACAUCGCCGACAUGGACUGA